UAGCUCUCUCUCUUCUUGGAGUCAAUUUGAUGGAGUAGCUUUUCAUUUCUUGGACACUCAGCAACAGCCUCUCCCACGCGCUCAUGCACAUGCACGCUUGUGCACGUUUACUCUCCUAGCGUCUAGUGUGAGUGUGUGAAAGGGAUCCUUCCUAUAGCUGCUGAUAUCCUGGAUUUUUAAGAUCGUUCAUUUUGAGUGUCCCCACCUUCGGGCUGUGAGGAGGACGGCCACCCCCGCAGCUACGGGUCCAGAAUCUCCAUCCUCAGCCGCAGAGGGAAGAGCAGCUGGAAGAGGAGGAAGAGGGAGGAAGAGAAGAAGAGAGAGAGGUAACCAAGUGAUGAAGAGUAGUGUGGUAGAUAGUAAUGAUCCUUUACUUAGACAUAUCUCUGGUAGAAUUCAAGUCCAUUCCUGGUUUCAACUCAUACCGCAUCCAUGAUGCCACUGAAAAACAACACUAGGCUCGUCUGCUCCAGUGAGACAUGAUUGCUUCAUGCUUAUUAGACUGUAUACAGUACACUCUUAGAAAAUAUGCUGUCUAGAACCUUACAUGGUUCUUCGGCUGUGCCCAUAGGAGAACCCUUUGAAAACCCCUUUUUGGUUCCAGGUAGCAAAAAGGGUUCUCCUAUCGGGACAGCUGGAGAACCCCUUUGAAACCCUUUUUUUAAAGAGUGCAGCCUACACAUAUAGUGUAACAAUAAGCAACAUGUUUAUAGGUUUCCGGUCAGUAAUAUGGUGGGGGUACAGUCUGUAUUAUGUUUAAUACAGACUGUUAAUGAUUACCUUGCAGUUUAGCUAAUGUGGGUGACAUCUGUUUCCAUGGGCUUGCUGUCUGUGUUUGGUCUGUUUGUUCUGCAGCUGGGCCCCAGAGCGCUCCAGCACUGGCAGCGGGGGGAAGAAGCGUGCUUCUUUGGGGCUUAACGAAGGUGCAAGCAUGCGCUGCUCCACCCUCCUGUGUAUCCUCACGGGGGUGCUGCUCUACCUAGUGCUGGGGGCCGUGGUGUUCCAGGCCCUGGAGGCUCCCCAUGAGGAGGGCCAGCACAUACAGCUGCAGGACACACGCAGAGCAUUCCUGGAGAACUACACCUGCGUUAGCCCAGACAUCCUGCAGGCCCUCAUAGAGGAGGUGGCAGAUGCUGUGGGGGCGGGUGUGGAUCCUAGCAGCAAUUCCUCCACCUUCACCAGCCAAUGGGACCUGGCCAGCGCCUUUUUCUUCUCUGGGACCAUUGUCACCACCAUCGGUUUUGGGAACAUCUCCCCGAAGACAGAAGGGGGGCAGCUGUUCUGUAUCUUUUAUGCCCUGGUGGGGAUUCCUCUGUUUGGUAUCCUGCUGGCUGGAGUUGGAGACCAUCUGGGGACCGGGCUGAGGAAGGCGAUCCUCAAAAUAGAGUUUCUCUUAGCGAAAUGGAAGGUGAGUCCUACUAUUGUUCGAGUCAUCUCAGCCAUACUCUCCAUCCUGUUGGGGGUAGCACUCUUCGUUGCCGUGCCAACGCUGGUGUUUCAGGAGGUGGAGAAGUGGACUCUCCUGGAGGCGUCCUACUUUGUUGUCAUCACCCUGACUACAGUGGGUUUUGGAGACUAUGUUGCAGGUGAUAGCGGAGAUGGUGGUAAAGACCACUGGUACAAGCCCCUGGUGUGGUUCUGGAUCCUGCUGGGCCUGGCCUACUUUGCUUCCAUCCUGUCCAUGGUUGCAAACUGGCUUCGGGUCCUGUCCAAGAAGACCAGGGCUGAGAUGGAGGAGCUCAGAGCCCGUACCACUGACUGGGGUCAGAACAUUCAGAACAUGUCCGUGGACUUCCGCAUGCCAGACGACCCCUUCAAACGACAACGACGAAAGCGUCGACAUGGCCCUCGCAGCCGAGGCAAUGGGGCAGGCCAUGUGUCUGGGACUGGGGCCCCUGGGGAGGGGGGCAGAGUGAUGGAGAAUGGUCAGCUGAACAGCCAAUCAGAGACUGGAUCGUCCUCAUACUCUUACUCAUCCAACGAGUCAGAGUCUGGAUCUGCGACAGGGUCAGAGGUCACACAGCAUGAGCAGGUAGUACAGGGAAAAGAGAAGGAUGUCGAUAAGGAGAACGCCUUCCCAGAAUCCCUGUAUUCCCAGCCUCUGGACUACUUUGGAGAGAACCUGGCAUACAUUGAUGAGUCCUCAGAUGCAGUUAGUGGAAAAUUACAUUUGGAUCCCCUGUUGGAUCAAACACAGCCUGUAUCUACACGCUCACAAAAGCCCAAGAGGAGAAGGCCCAGAAGGCCACUCCCAGAGAAGAGCUCUAAAAUUAGCCCUAUCAAGCCUGAGAAGAAAGAGCCCAAUGGAGACAUAAAACCCCCAGAAAAUCCACCGCCACCAAAGGAUAGAUGAACCAAAUGCUCAAGGGUGAGUUUGUAUGUUUUUUCAGAGCAUGUUGAAAAUGGAUAAACAUAUGAAGAAAAAAAAAAUACAAAUGAUGAAACUGUCAAGCUAGAAAACCCCUGACUCUGCUCUUUUUAGGGGUGAAGGGAAGAAGAAGUUGUGGGAUGAACUGAACCUGAUUUAUUGUUUUAUUCACUACACUGUUCAUGUUUCAUAAACAUAGUUUGAGUGUGUGUAUGUUGUGUAUGCCUGAUUCAAAUAUGGAGUGAGCCUUGAUGUAAUAAUAGUGACUUAUUCAAAUAAUCCUAACAAAACUUAACCAUGUCACUUCUUUAACCUGAUGUUGCCUUGGUAGCGUUUUAAUAAGGAACACAAUCUUAUGUGCCCCACUUAUCCAUGUUCGCUUACGGAGUGAGCGCUCCCUACUGGGCAAUCAUGAAACUGCACAGCCCUGUUUUCUCUGGAUAAAAUAAGCAGUGAAGCACACCAACAUUUUUUUUACUCUGAAUCAAUUUAUAUUUUUUGCCUUUAGGGAAAAAAGCCUUAUGACAAUAACUCUCCCAUAAUGAAUUUGUCCCUGAAUGUCUGGAGCCCAAACUUUAGAGAACAAAGCUUUGGUAUAUAAUAGGAAAGUUCUAAUUCAAGGCAUGAGUAAAUUCUGUCUCUGCCAAUAACCAUAUCUGGUCUUGCAUGACCUUAGCCUACAUAUUACACUAGUGACAUUAUUACUGUGUGCACUGUGUACAGCGUAUGCCAUUGUAUAUAUUUUUGAGUAUUAUUCUUUGAAUGUAUUACACACAACUGUCCUGUAAAAUAAACAACACAUUUUUUAAAUAAU